AUGGCGUCGUCUUCAAGGCGUGUCAAGGUGGUGCUCCGGCUCGCUUCAUUUUUCAGUUCCUACAGACCAUGUUCCCAGGGCGUUUCUGCGUAUGUUGCGCUCCGUGAAAGCGAUAGUGCGCAGGUACUGCGACCGAGUUUCGUACAACGUGAACGAAGCCGUACUUCUAUCCCAAGUUCGAAUUCCUCAUCUAUGAUACGGGAUUCGGAUGAUUCUCGUGGCGGAGUGCGUUUGAUUCCAUUUAACGUCUGGGCAGCCGUAGCUGGAGAAGGUAGUGACGGCCGCGCAAAGCCAGAGACUCCUGCAAACACGGACGUUAAGAACUCGACGGAAAUGAACAAUUCUGACGACGCCGAAGAUGACGCAGGCGCGCCAAGCAGAAAAGCAGCUGGAGCGUUCCUUAUGGUGCUCGGUUUCGGAGACGCCCAAGAUCCAGCAAAGAUCUCGUCAUCUUCAAGUGAUAGAAAUAGAGGAGCUGGAGCUAUUCCAGCAGGUUCGCGCGGGAAACUGGCGAAGUUUGCUGCGCGAAACAAUUUCGGGAGCAAAGGGCCCCACGCCAUUCACCAUUGUCCAGCCUUACUGAUUUCCCGUCGGGGCAUCGGACUCGAGACCUCCCUCGCGCGCUGUUUCAAGGCUCUCCUCCGGAAGAUGGUCAGCAAGCACGUCCACCACGUUCACACCUACGCAGAUGCAGACCACGGACCUAGGAUUGUAUCAAGAUCAAUCCCGACGCCGCUAUCCACUUCCACUCCGCAAGGCGGUGAGAUCGACAAGCAGCAGGGCCUCGACCGCGGCGUCGCGGCCUUCCCGGAGCUCAUCGUUGUCUUCGAAGACGACGCGGUAUGGCUGGCCGAGGAAGACGUCAACGAUGUGAGUGAAGCCCUUCUCCGCUCUUGGCCAAAAGACACCAGCAUCGUCCUGCUUGGGGGGCAGGAGUACCUCAAAGCACCAAAGCCGGGCCGGCACCGGGCGCACUACAGCCGACUCGUUUCGCUCGCUUCGCAAGGUGGCGCCACUGGCUUUGGGACUGGCUAUCAGCUAGCUCACCUUGGAUUUUCGUGGGGCUCGUAUGGUUGGGCGAUUCGCACGGCUGACCUUUCGGACUUCGUCUCCACCUUCCUCGACCCGUCACUCGCCAAGGCGGCCCGCGACUCGCGCGUCAGCCUUGCGAUUGACGAAGAGUGGUAUCCGUGGGCGGAAAAGAGAGGGAAGACCGUGCGAGUUCUAUGUCCGGUAGUGGUCGGGCACCGUGCUGCGUGGUCCCUGACUCAAAAUAAAGAACAAAAAGCCCUGACGAAGCGCCAAUGUCCGCAGCCCCUGCUUCAGCCAGACGCGACCCCUUUCGCCAACGCCAUCAUAUCGAACACAGAGACAUCACCACAAGCGUCGCCAUCGACGCACAGUGAGACGCACCUCAGCAGUACUGGAGCUUCGAGUGUAUCAGCAAAAACGGAUCGACUUGUUGACGAAAACAAAAUUAGCACGCGGACUUUAGGAUGGCGCUUGCCUACGACCUCCAGGGUGGCCAAGCAAAAUUUGUUCAGGCGCCGGCUUCGCUAUCAGCAGAAGCAUGCGCGACAAAAUCGGGCUCGCCGGGUUGCUGCCGCUCCCAAUGCAGAUUCAGCCGUCUACGACUCUAACUUCGCAACUUGGUUGCUCCGAAAGUUUACGGCUCUUGCGGAGCAAAUGCACAAAGAACCGCAAGCGCGCUGCUAUUGCCGAGGUUCCGGAACUUGUGAGCAAACUGAAGCCAGCGAACCUGCCCCCUCUGUACUCAUAGGGAUCAAAAGCGCCGCGCACUGGGCCAAAGUUCGCGCCGUACAUUAAGGGCGGAAAAAGUGUGGGCGUGUAGGCGGUUUGAUUGGUUUGCAUAUACCAAUAUCAGUGGCGCGCCUUUAUAGUGUCUAUAAUAAUACUGGCUAUUAGCUGUGUGGCCGCCGUGUUUGUAUGUAGUCAGGCCACCGAAAGCCGCUACCCUGGCAGCUUUGUUUCUUGAUAGUGAGACAGCAAACUUCGGCGCCGGCUCGGUUCGGCGCCGGCUAAACUGGCCUCUGGUUCGGCGCCGGCUCCCGUUCCGGUAGACGCCUGCUGCGGCCAACUGGUAGGCCGCCCUCGCCAGGUGCCUUCCCGGGGCCCGGCUUUUGGCGCGGGCCGGAAAGCGUUGCGCCACUUCUUUAGCAAAAGCCAGGAAGCGGCUUCGGGUGAAAUCGCGGGGCGCGUGCCUUCGCUUGGGAAGCCAACACGAGCCGGGGCGCCUGGGCCUAUCAAAGUCGUAGCGUUUCCCCAAAGAGAACAAGCAGCCCGCAUUCCAUUCGCGGGGAGUCAUCGCAAACCCUCGGCACUCUGGUCCCCCGCCCCCCCCCCCCCCGCCGAGCCCCCCCGUCCGCUGCCGUUUCCAGCUACCGGUUCCCGCUUCCCGGCUAGGUCCGGGUCUCGGGACUUGGUCACGGUCGGGGCCCGGCCGCCUGCUGAACGACACGCAACAUGAAGGCGCUGCCGCCUUUUCAGGGCCCGCCCCUGCUUCAGGCCCAUCUUUUGAAAGCAGGCCGCCCCCGCUUCUCGUGGAACGCAUGGGGUGGCGGGCUACGCUUGGCGACUUACAUACAAGGAAGGAGACGGACCCUCGGCCAAGAGAACGCCUAGGCCAGAAAGUCGGACGAGCGAAGUUCUACCGUUUUGCGCCGCCCCUUGCAGUGGGGGCCGCGGGCGGAACGCUUUGGCACCACAGGCGCGACCGCGUUCCGGGCGGCUUUAUUCCGAAAAAUUCGUUGGCCUCCCGCGUUCCGGCUGCGCGGCAAGGGCCGGGGCGGGUCGGCCUUGCGUAGAUUCAUGCGGGCCAACCCCCAAGAGCCGCGCAGCGUUUUUAGUUUACUGCCCGCGCGAACGGUGGCGCGCUUGUGUGUGGGAAGCUGGCGGCCGACGGCCUUCCAUGGUGAGGCAGCAGUGGCGGGGCCGCCCGGGCAGCGCGCGCCCUAUAUAUGUCGCCGCAGGGGCGGGCGGUCGUAACCUCAGGACAGGCCGAGCAGGCGCUGUCCAUCCCCGAACUAAGAAGAAGAGCGGGCGGGGCAGCGUGCAAAUAGUUCGGGCGCUUUUUCGUGCGCGGCGCGAACCAGGUGCGGCCGCUUCUAUUUGAUUUGAGCGGGCACGCAGAGCCGAGCGAGGACGCAAACCGGGGCGCGACGCAGCGCACCACCUCGGGCGGGACUCACCCCGCCGGGCCGCGCGCCCGCGCGAUUGUUUUCCUUCAAGCCCUUCGGCGGCCCGCCGUCAUGCCGGUCGCAUGGGGUUUCAGGGUGGGGCCGCCGGCCGAAAAAUAGUGGGUGGCACCUGGCGGCUGCGUGCGCAAUUUACGCGCGAAGGUGCCCGCAAGGUAAAGAAGGCACGAAUUGCGCGCAACGGCCCGCCACCGAGCGCCACUGACGGCCGCGCCCCGCGGGUGGCUAGCUGGCAAGGUAAUUAGAGGCACGGCCCCCGCCGGGGGGUGGUAGUUGCUUAGUGGCGCGGGGCCGUUUUUGCUAGUGGAAAUCUGUGGCGCGGCCUGGCCGCCUCCUGGCCGGCCCGCCGGGCCAGCCGCGCCGGCGCCGCUUUGGGCCGCCGGCGGGCCCGGGGGGCGCCAGCCGAGCCGCGCGCCCCGCCCGCGCAUGGGCCACGCGCAAAAAGCUUCGGAGUGCCGCGCCGCCACACACCGCGGGCUGCCUGCCGCAACCUGCUCACAGCCGGCUUCCACGCCCGGGACCGUUUUUGAUGUGUUCACACCCCCGCACUACCACUUCCGGGCCAGGGAUGUGGCGCUUCAUCUUCUGCGGUAGCAGUGCGGAUUUCGGAACUCAGGGAGACAGCGACGGGGGGAAGAAGCAUCAACCGCGGGGCGGGGUGUCCGGUGCUUCGUCGUGUUCGGUGCGAGUUGCGGCGUGUUGUGGCGCCAAGAUGAUUUUUGUUUUCAAUGCAAAUAGCGCGACUAGCCCUAGCGGUUUUUGGCAAAUUUGCCUACUUGAGCUAGAUGGGAAGGGAGGCGACGGCGCGCAGAAACACUCCGCCAGCCGCCCGUGCGCGAACGGCGCCCGCUUCGGGGAUGCGCAGCCGACUCGGCUGGAGAACAUCUCGCGCGGGCCGCGGCCGGGCGCGCGUUCCGCCUUCUGGGGCCCCGGCCGCCCGGCGGGGGAACAGCAGGCCCCUGGAAAGGGGCGCGCGGCCCCCCCUGCCGGGGGGGAAAAAGGGGCCGACGUGGCUCGGCUCUGCGUUCCCCCUUCUGGGGGGGCAAAAAAUGGCCAUUCCCUGAUGCCACGGGGAGGGUGAAAUGGCCCAAAAUCGCGCACAUUGAUUUACAGCGGGCCGGAUUUGUUGUCGGGGCACCCCGCCGCCCCCGAAGCGAAGCGAGGGCGGCCCGCAAUGCCAGUGGGAGGGCGGAAGGCAUUCCCUAUUUCAGCCGAAGUUCUAGCUUCCAGGCGUGAUAUUGUUUGCCGGCCUUGUCGCCGUACGCGAAGAAGCAAAAAGAAAAGGAGGCAGACAAGUGCCGCGGGACAUCUGUGCGCCAUGCGCUAAGGUAUUCAGAUUCGCCGCGCGUGGCCGCUCAGCUUGUGCAAUGAAUUAGACCGCUGGUCCGCCCACGAAUGUUGCGCCUUUAGGUUCCUCGUGCGACGUGGAUCCGGCGCGGGGUCCGUUGCGGCUGUGUGAGCCAGCAUGCACCGCUUCCGGGUAUGGCAACCGCGCGCUUUCUUAUUGGUGGGGCCCCGAGUGGCCCUCUUCUGGCGGAGCAGCGGCAGCACGGUGAUUUAGUUUUCGUGGACGAUGGGCAGGACGCAGCCGAGAAGUCCGGGAGCGGUGUAGAAGAAGGCUGGCGUGACAUUUUGGAGGCGAUGCCAAAGGACCGAAGGAAGAUCCUGGACUGGCUCGCCUUAGUUGGGCGCAAUAUGACAGCUACGACGAAGAUACGACCCUCUCUCUCGCCGAGUGUGACCCAUGUUGGAAAUAUGGACAGCGAUACAUAUUUGGAGCCGUGUGGGUUGCUUCGUGCUCUUCGCUUGGCAUCUAGUGGGGUCGAUCAUGGACACGCACAGCAUCUGUACUACGGUUUGGCCACUGUUGAUGGCCCUGCCCAUCGCCAGGAGCUCGCAAAGCAAAGCAGGCCGCUCUCUUGCCAACUGCCAGGGCGUUGCUCAUAUAUGUCAGGAGGGUAAGCUUUUCGUAUUCGCCCCUUUGUGAUUGCGCAUGACGAUGAUCGUUCUACUCACUACAGGCCGACAGCUUAUUUCGUCCAAGCGAAGGCUGCACAAUUUGGCCAAGGGGAAACAAGAAGUAAGGAAUUGGUGAGAGGGUAGUCAGAGGAAAAGAGAAGGGUAGAGGAAGAGGAGGAUAACAAUUUGCCACGCGCUUUGCGCAGAACAAUCGGCAUGGUCGCGCGGCACCUUGCAGGCUCUCGCUGCAAUCGAGCGCAUCCGGCUGACCCAAAAACCCAACUUGUCAUGCAAAAUGCACAUGCUUAUGGUUAUGCCGAAAAGUAUCUAUGCGACACAGUGCUGGAGAAAUGCUCACGAACACGAAGACGAGCAGAGAGCUGCAAGGGGAUAACAUUGACACGAAUUAGCCCUGCGUGAAUCUGAUUCGUCAAAAUACGUCGCGCCUGUUGCUGAAAUACGUCGCUAUCUUGAUCAAAGUGCAAGAGCUUGCCGCACGCAUGUGCGAAGACUCGAAAAGUCGGCCCCCGGGCUCGGGAAAAUACGAGACAAACCCGAGAAGCCCGCGGGCCAGGAAAGCGAGGGGAGCCAGCCCUGUGGAGAUGCUCGAGCCUUCCGAAAAGGGCCCCUAUGUAUUCAAAAAAGCAGGCGCAGGGCGGCAAGCUGUGAAGGAGGUACGACUUUGGGCCCGGACGCGCGCCCGGGUCUGUGUGUUUCGAUCGGACGGCAGCCGCCCGCGCCGCUUGCGGGGCCCACGGCGUGGCGCGGCCCAGUCGCGGCGGGUGGUUUUUGUGGAAGGGGCCACCGCCUGCGUUUUGCGCUUUGUUGAAUUUUGCCGCGGCCCCGGCCCGACUUUGGCCCGCCGGGGCGCGCGAGUCGCGCCCUGCCGCCCUCCCCUGGUGAGGCGGCUUUCGGCGAAGGCGGCGCCGCUCGGUUUCUUCUUAGUGCCAGCGAAGACGGCCCGCGCAAGCGUACGGAGGCCAGUUGCGCGCUCAGGUUCGAUUCCCGACGGGGGGGCGGCGUGGUUUUUUGGCCAGGAGAUAAUUGGCCAAGCGCGCCGGCAGUGGUAGCGAAAACGCGCGCGCCCGGGCCUGGGCUUGCUGUUGUGCGUACAUUGGAGCUAUUCUUCUGCAAGAAAACAUAACGGGUCGCCCAGUCUCUUGCUUAAAGCAGCGCCACCGCCGUGCCACCGCCGUGGCAACUUGCCCCGCAGGUUCGGUCUUGCCACUUUGCAGCCAGGGUAAAAAAAGAGUAGCGCCGCCACCGCAUGCGUGGGCUGUCCGCCCCCCGCGGCCGUGGUGGCGCGGGGUCCAAACGUUGCUCGUUUCCGCUACCGAAAGGCCCAGCGCAGUUUCCCGGGCGACCUCUCGAGCCGCCCCGGGAUGCAGGGGCGUGGCGAAGAAAGGGAAAAACGCAUCACAUGCGCGGGGCCCCAUGCGAUCGGUGGCCAUCAGCGCGCCGCCUGUGCGCCUUGGUCCCAACUACCAACCAACCCAAAUCACACGGCCCCCCGGCGGUUUGCCGGGCGGCGUUUCGUCCCAGAGUUGAGUGGGAUGGCAAGCCUGCCCAACUCCCUGACGUCGCACGUUCUGCGCCGAAUUGCAGGCGAUGGGAUUCGGCACAGCCCGAAAGCUGUACCCGAGGGCACGCGCUCGGCUUCGGGACAUUGCAGCCGGGGGGCCAAAUCCUUCGAGGCCUCCAGAGCCCGCCCAGGAAUUCUCUGCCCCGAGUUGGGCCUUCUGCGACAGCCGCCCACCCCCCUGGCCAGAGGGUUUUUGCUCCCCGGGCCAGAGCCAAGCACGCGCCCCACCUGCCAAAGCAUUUUGACGAGGAUUCCUGCACGGCUCCAAAGGCUCUCCGUGACCCCCUAGCCCAACCAAACGCGGCCGGCUGCCAGCCUGCGGCGGCCCCUCCCCGCAGGCACGCGGCCGACUUGGCCAGAGGACUUGGGCGGGGGCUGCGGCGAGGAGUCCAAAGUCAAGCAAUGCCCCGAGCCCCUGGGGCCAAGUCGGAGCGCCGGGGCGGGGUGGCUUGCCGCCACAGGCGCGCGGCCGACUUCGCCCGAAAGGUUUUUGCCGAGGAUUCUUGCGAGGGAGGGCACCAAGAUCCGGCCGGCCGAGAAUCACCUGGCGGAGGUCGGGCCGUCCUGGACAGACGUUGGCUCGCCGCUCGGCGGAGCGCCGGGCCGCCGGGCCGCCGGCCGGUUUCGGAAGGGGAGAGGAUUUCGGCGGGGAUUCCGGUAGGGCUUCCACAGCCCAACUUGGGCCGUCUGUGGCGGCUUUCCCCCGGCGGCACGCGGUCGAGUUGGUCAGGGGAUUCCGAAGAGGCCUCCAAAAUCCGUUCCAGGAUCCUCUUCCCCAAAAAGAGGGGCCGGCUGCGACGGCCACCCCCCCGAUGGCACGCGGUCAAUGUGGCCAGCGCGGGGGCCUCGGUGGGUGAGAGUUCUUCAGAGGUCGGCGGAAUCCGCCUCGGAAUCCUCUGCCCUGCGCAAACGGCCCGUCUGUCCCGGCCGUUCCACGACGGAACGCGGCCGAUUUUUCCGGAGGACGGCGCGGCGGGCCCCGGCGUGGAUUCCGCAUGCGCCCGCGCCGGCCUUCCGGCCGAGGCAAGCCCAUUAUUUGCCGGGGCGGCCCCGGCGAUAACGGCGGCGUCGAUGUUCGCCGCCUUUGGUUCGUUUCAUUCCCCUGGCAAGCCUGUGCACGUUUUGCACUGAGCCCGGAGAGCGGGGGAAGGGGCUCCCAGGGGGGGCUAUCUCCCGAAGGGAGGCGGACCCCCGGCGGGCAAGGCGGAUCCCCCGGACGGGGACGGCCUCCAAGACAGAAAGCGGGCCUCCGAGGUGGAAGGAGGGCACGCGCGAAUACUGCAGGCUCAAAGCACGACGUGGGCCGGGAAGAUGCCCAACCCCAUGGGGUCCGUCGGCUUUCUUGGCUUGGGCCCCACUGCGUCAGGGUCCUCGCUUGUCGCCUUGCCCGCUUCCUUGUGUUUCGCGAAUUGCUCGGGGGGGGGGGCGUGUCCUUUUUGCCGCUAGUUCCGUGCGCGGCGUGCCGUGCGGGCACUUCAUGGGCUGGGGCGUUUCGCGGCGCCUUGGUGAAUGUCCCGCCACUCUGCCCCGACACCUGCACACCUUUGGCGCGAGCAGCGCCAGUGGGCAGAGGCUUCUAUGAAGCCAGCGCUUCGCGUGUUCGUACACCAACAGGCAUCGCCGCGAGCGUUGGCUCUCCCUCGGGCCAAGCGGAGGCCUUUCCCCGCGCCUGGGCGCGGGCCGCUUCUGGUUUUGGAAUCGGCGCGGCGACCUUUUUGGCGCUCGCCGGGCGAUUUUUGAAGCCUGGCGACUGCAGUGGCGCUGGGCGAUUUCUGAAGCUCGGGGACAUAUUGAACGUCUGGCGAUUUUGGAAGCGCCGGAUGACUUUGUGGCCGGGGCAUGAGCAUGCGUCGAGCUUGGGCUGGUUUUUGGUGCGCGGAAACCUUGGGACGAGUUGGGAUGCGAGGACAUGUUUGCGCCUUUGGGCGGCUGCCGGCGCUCGCAGAUAUUUCGGCCGCAUACGCUUAUGCGGAGUGAGGCCACCGGACUGCCCUAACCUGGCACCCUUCUUGACAGUAACCGCCAAAAACGGGGGGCGGCAGUUAGUUUCGGGCCCUAUACCACAGCGCUUGCGUGCUUUGAAAAGAUUCAAACUGCCGAGCCUGCCCGGUUCUGUGAUCAAAGCAACGGAGCGCGACGCUUCUCCACUGGUCGCCGGCCUAGCGAACGACGGCGGCGAGCCAGCAAGCGGGGCGCUCUUCGGAGGCGCCCGCGCCGUGAGCUUCUGGCGGUUUGUGAAGAACAGGGGGGCGCCCAAAAAGUAGAACGCGCGCAAAGCCACCACGCCGAUACCGUAUGGCGCGUCCUCCGUUUCGGGGUGUUUAUUUUUGGCGAUCGCGACGUCGGUAUAGAUCAGCUGUUCGUCAUAGAAGCUCGGCGCUCAGCUGCUCUCGGGCUGGAGGAGGGAGUAGCGCGCAGCAGUCCGCUAAAGGGCACACCGCCAGCAUCAUCAUCAAGGCGGUCCCCUUUUCGCCGGCUUAACUAUACUAAGUGGGGGAAGCUUUGCAGCUGUCGAAAAUUGGGAAACGCGAAGGAAAACGCGCGCCAGAAUCAAGGGGCCCGCCCGCAUGCGAUGGGCCCGGCUCCUCUCUGCUUUUGCGCGCCCCCCGCGGCGCCCGACGGAACUGGCCCCAUAGCGUCGGGGCUGGUCCCAAGAGAGGGGCGCUUGCUGGAGAUUUGCCGAAGGGGCUUGCGAUGUUAGCUUUCUCAAGGGCCCGCCAUUCCGUGCGGCGUAUUGCUAUCCGCGACGGCAUCGCGGGCCCGCAAAAAGCACGACCGCCGCCGGCCCGCUGCCAAGGCAGGCGGGCGCGAGGAAAUGGCAGCGACCUAGCCACCUCCGCCCCGGCGGAUAUAUUUUUCAUAUUUUUAGAGCUGGCAAAUGCCCGGGAGUUUCAAUUUUCUCUGGCGUGUUCGACGGUUUUCCUCUUCUGCAGCGUUGGCGCCGUUUGUUUCUUUCAGCGAGCCCGAGGCGAUUUGCGACCCGCGGACUCUUCGGGGCCCCGGCAAGGUUUCUCGGCGGCCCUUUAGCACAGGGGGAAGCCAGCCUCGGGGUUGUAUAUCCACCCCCGGCAAAUUCGCUGGGAAGGCGCGCGACGUGUUUUCGCGGCUGCCUUAAGUAACGGGGCGCAGCCGCUGCAGCAAGGCCGCGCUCUGCGGGGGGGGGGUGCGCUUUCGGGAUUCACUCGGGGGACGCGAGGUGGUUGGUGCUUCGCGUUUUGCGCCCGGUCAGCCGGCCGGCAACUCAGGACCACGCCGCGCGGAUCGGUUGCAGCGGGGCAGGCGACGUGCCUCAUAGUUUCAUCGAGAUCCGCAGGGAAUCCCCCGGGGCGCCGAAGAUCCCGUCGGGGCGAAGGGUCGGAACACGGAAGUGCUGGCAUUGAGGAGGCGACGCCGCGUGCGCCUCGAGCACCGCUGCCUCCGGUCGCCCCGUGAUUUUCAAAGGGCAUACGGCCCUGCUCGGGGCUCGGGGCCAAGCCAAUGACGCCGAUGCGCCGGGCAAGUGCAGGCCUCGGCGCGUGCAUCCUGCUAUUUUGACCCUAGAGCCUCUAGACCGAAGGCCAAAAUAUAUAAACAGGAGGCACGCGGCUACGGCUACACGCUCGCCCUCGCUACGGCUACACGCUUACCCUCUGAGGGCGAGCGUGUAGCGCGUCGUCGGUCUGUGACUCUUCUAACUGAGGCAGGGCGGGCCGGAAGCAGCCCGAUACUCUCUCCGCUGGCGUUUCUUUCAAGUUAUAUAUUUGAGUACUACCAAAGGCAAACCAAGGGAAAGCCAUCUAUUCAAGUUUUACGCACAGGCUCUACGUACUCUCGCGCAGUUUGCUGUCGCUAAUGUUCGCGAGAGACUUGCUGCCCCUCCUGAUGCACGACUUGCAGCAACACCGCGAUCAGUGCCAAUCCGAGGAGGUGCUUGUCGGGUGUCUCGUCAUGAAUGUGGCCAUCGCUACAGCGACGUCGGGUGGCCGCUCAGGCGAGCUGGUCGCUUUCAACUCCGUCGCAAAUUCCGGAACGUGUCAACAAAAUUGGUGCAACGCCUGGAAUCCGUGGCGCGGCGUCUUCAUCUUCAGGCACCUCGCUUACGAGUCAGCAACUCUUCUCCCGCGUAGUCUGUCGCACAAUGAGCCGACCGCGGACGGAAAGGAUCUGGCCCUGCCGAGGACGCCGGGAGCAACAUCGCGAGCCACUCCCUAG